CUAAUUCAAAAUGGCGGACGAGAUGAAGGAAUGCGAUUCUUCAUCAAAAUCACAUGAAAACUCCAACAGCAGACUGGAAUAUGACCCUAAAAGACUUAUAGGAGUUGAAUAUCCAGGACUCGUGCAAAAUCCAUCGCGGAUGAUUGAAACUCUGGGAGGUGAAGAGGCAAUUUCUAAGAUAUUUUCUAGGCCAACUCGUCGUCUUCCAAUGACGUUCCGUCCCGAAGAUCCGUACUCGAAGAUUGUUUGCGGUGAUCCACAGCCUUCUACUAACCUUCUUUUGAGAGUAAGACGAAGAAAGAAGAAGUGCACGAGUGGUGAGUCAACUGACGACGAGUUUGAGUAUAAACAAGAAAUCCUCGGAGUUGUUGAUAAAACGUACAGGUUUGGUAGUUUUGCAGACUACCAGUAUCUAUCAAGAGACACUAAUGAGUACCCUUUAAAUUGCAUACAUGGUCUUGAUAUCCUUGAGAAAGAUACUCCAAUCCAUAUGUUACCAUCAAUGUUUACAAGAGUCGAAACAGCAGCAAAUUAUCAUUUCAAGCCUGAUCUUCAGCCACAUAUAAUAGAAGAAGAUAAAGAACUUGAUAAACCAGGAUCGAUUACCUCAAAGAUGAGAGUAAGGCAACCCAUUUAUGCUUUCGGGGUAUCAUUUGCAUCAAAAAAAGUCCCUCAAAAACCACAUGAAAAAGUUCAUCAAAUAGUAGAAUGUGUUAAAGACAACCAAGUCGAGGUCAUUCAAAAACUGUUUAAUAUCCGUCCUAUCUGGUCUCGUAAUGCGCUUGAAGUACAUAUGAGCCAGGUUUCACAUGGACGUUUAAAACAGCUUCUGUCUUUGGUCGCGUAUUAUUUUCUCAACGGUCCUUGGAGGACAUUAUGGGUUAAGUUUGGCUACGACCCAAGAAAAAAUCCUAGUGCUAAAAUAUACCAAAUGCUUGACUUCCGACUUGGCUCGCGAAUUGAAGGAAAAAACCUUCCUAUCCCACGGAAGCGGAACUUUCACCGCCUUAGUAUCCCAGUCCUCCGCAAAAGUAGCGUCAAACCGGAGGUCAAGCUUGUGAGUGCGCACAGCAAUGACGAAGAGAAGGACACUCAACAAGAUGAUGACCUACCAUAUGUCUUUACUGCUAAUAAACUCCCUGUGCAUAAACAGAUGUUUUAUCAGUUGUGUGAUGUCCAUGUGGCGGAGAUACAGGAGUUGAUUUCUGUCAAUGAUGGACAGGAAACAGAAUGUCACGACAAAGAAGGAUGGUGCUUACCUGGUACUAUCGACAAGAUCAGGGACAUCAUGGUUCAACAUACGGUCAACCUAGUGGAGAAAAUCAAAAAACAACGAGAGGAAGAGGGAAACGAUAAGCAGGACGAUGCAGGGGUCAUUCAGUGGGACGGACAUGAAGAGGUCAAGGGGUUUCUUGAAAUGCUUGAGGGGGAUGAUGAUAUUGAGACUUAUGAUAUCUUUGAUGAGGAUUCGGAUAAUGAUCCUGAUCAAGAUGAAGGGAACACGUGAUUAGACAGCAAAAUCCACAGGGAUCCCAUGCAGUAUAUUAUUGAUGCAAAUAAAGAGGCAACAAAUCCACAGGAAUCCCAUUAGAUGUAUUAUUUGUGAAAAUGCUCAGAAGAAACAUGGAUAGAAAUCCACAGGAAUCCCAUACAAUGCGUUAUGUGUACAAAGGAACAAGCUGUAAAUACACAGGGUUCCCAUAGGAAGAAACUAGGCAGUUCAGUUCGUUAGUGAAGCAGUGGAAAUCCACAGGGAACCCAUGCUAAGGAAUAUCAAUGGAAGGAAGGAAGAUGUUAGAGAAGUUAAAACAUCGAAAAACUAGAAAAUAAAAUACAACACAGUAUGUAUUCUUUUACAAUCCUUUUAUGCUCAAUUAUAGAUGCCUAAACAUAA